AAAAAAAAAAAAAAACAAAGAAGAAAAGAUUGUUCGGGAAAGGAACUUGCUCUGGCCUGCGUGCGAUUGAUUACGCUCGCGCGGGAUUGCGUAAUUUUGUCAGGGGGGGCCCGGGGAUGACUCGGUUCCAUCGCGAGCAGAGGAACGAGAGAAAAACAUGUGGCUGUGAAAGAUCAAACGGGGGUGUCGGAAGAAAGAAAAACGAUGAGAUCAUCUCUGGUUGCUCACGGUCCACGGUGAGCGUGGAUAGUCUCCGCUGGUCGUUCCUCCGUAUGGUACGCGCCAGUCAGUACCGGUCCAGCGACCGAUUUGGAGGGCUCUUUUGAACGUUCCCGAAAACGGCCAGAGACAGAGAGAAAGAGAGAGAGGAGAGGACAGGUAACGCCGGCAACAAGGGAAAGGAACGACACGAGGUAAAUACGCGUCAGUGCUGCAGCACGGACAGCGCAGAAAGCAUCGUCGUUACACAACGACGACGCAAGCUCCUGUUGAAGAUGAGGUCAUGAACAUGCUUGAGGCUGAUGAAAUAGCCGAGCCAGCGGAGGAUGCUGAGGUCACCGUCAAAGAUGGCAGAAACGAGGUUGGAUCGAAGCGUCAGGGCUUGCUCCGUAUGGAUCCGUGCAUAGAUAAACACUGUGACGCAGGACGAGUUUGCAAGGCAAUCGACGACGACACUGCCGAGUGUGUUUGCGUUGACGUAUGCGACGAGGAAGUCGAUCCUAGACGAAAGGUUUGCACUAAUCACAAUGAAACUUUCGGGAGUGACUGCGAGGUCCAGCAGAUGCGUUGUUUCUGUAACAAUGGCGACGCCAGAUGUAGAAGCCAUAAAUAUCAACACGUUCACGUUGUGUACUAUGGCGAAUGCCGAGAGAUGCCUGAGUGCAAAGAUGAAGAUAUGGCUGACUUCCCGAGGCGAAUGCGAGACUGGCUGUUCAACAUCAUGAGAGAUCUUGCCGAUCGUCAGGAAUUGUCAUCGCACUUCCUGAAGAUGCAACGGGAAGCGGAAACAAAUCAUACGUUGCGUUGGACCAACGCCGCCAUUUGGAAAUGGUGCGACUUGGACGGCGAGCCCCAUGACAGGACUGUUUCCAGGCACGAACUUUUCCCCAUUAAAGCACCUUUGAUGACCCUCGAGCAUUGUAUCGCGCCGUUCCUCGACUCCUGCGAUCGUGACGACGACCAUAAAAUCACUCUCAUCGAGUGGGGCAAAUGUUUACAGCUGAACGAGGAGGAUUUGGAGGAUAAGUGCGACGAGUUGGCCGAAACGAAGAACUCGGACCAAUAAUAGCUGCGGCAAGUUCGAAUGAUGAGCAGCAGUGGUUCAGACGGAAAUGAACGGAAGGGACAAAAAAGGAGAGUAAACAAACGGCGUGCAGUACCAAUGAAAGGGCGAGGAACGAGAAAAAUGGCGGGAAAAGUUGCAAGUAAACCGUUGCACUUGGCCAAUGCGCAUGUCUGCGCAGAGACUCGUCGAUAUUGCAACCCAUCCGUGAUGGGUCGUGCCAACCGCAGUUUUAGACAGUGCUCUCUAAUAAUAUAGAGAUGUGUACGUUAGGGACUAUUCGCGAUAUUUCCAUAAUAACUUUUUAAAAGCCUGAGAACCGUUUAUUGUCACAUGAUGGUUCAAAUAGACACGCGAUACACCUGCUCGUUUCCUCUCCCUGUAGUAUAAUCUUGAUAUAUUAUCCUCGUAGCAACAACGUACGUAUUUUCUAUAUAUACACGCAUACACAUAUACACACACAUACAUACAUACUUUUUGUAUAAAUUUAUUAUGUGACUGCCUUUCUAUCAAUAAAGAGUGAUACAGUUUCUUUCGUCUGCGCAAUGCUAAUCCACUGUUAUAUUAUACUUCACGGUGUCAGCUAUUAAGAUCAAAGAGGAAAAACAUGUUCAUUAUCUUUAU